UCUCAUCCCCAUCCUUAUCCCCUUUAUACAGUCCCACUGUCCCAGUCUUCCCAGCCUCUUCAUCCCACUGCCGGUCACCACCAGCCCAGCGCCGCCGCUGUCGACGCCUCUGCUUCUUCUCAACGCAAAGUCCAUUUUGACAGCAGAAAUGCAAGGAAUGCGAUCGUUUUCAUUGAAGGCAGGCUUGAUGAAAAGUGCAGUUCUGAAUCACAUCCGUCUGACAAAUCCUCAGAUUGUUUCAUUUUCACGCUUCAUGUCUAUUUCAUCUGCACGAAUCGAAGAGCAUGGCUUUGAAAGCACAACGAUUGCUGAUGUUCUGAAAGCCAAAGGUAAAGGAGCAGAUGGCUCCUGGCUUUGGUGCACUACAGAUGAUACUGUGUAUGAUGCUGUUAAGUCGAUGACACAUCAUAAUGUUGGGGCCCUGGUUGUUGUGAAGCCCGGAGAACAGAAAUCUAUUGCAGGAAUCAUUACAGAGAGAGAUUACCUCAGGAAGAUCAUUGUACAGGGAAGAUCAUCAAAAUCGACCAAGGUUGGAGACAUCAUGACUGAGGAGAACAAGCUGAUCACGGUUACACCCGACACGAAGGUUCUGAAGGCAAUGCAGCUGAUGACUGAUAACCGCAUCAGGCACAUUCCAGUGAUCAACGAAGGUGGGAUGACGGGCAUGGUUUCCAUUGGAGAUGUGGUUCGUGCUGUUGUCAGUGAGCAUCGUGAGGAGUUGGACCGUUUGAAUGCUUACAUACAGGGCGGUUAUUAGGUGAUGAUGGAAUAUCAGAUAUCACGCCCUGUAUGGAUUUAAUUUUCCAAUGAUGACUUUGCUUGAAUUAUGAAAGAGUGCUUGUAAAUAUGGCUUGUUGUGUGCGUCUGCUUAGACUUAUAUGUAUGGAUCACCUAACGUGUCUGACUACCUGCAAGGACAAGCAGGUUCAUAAUAACUAUGUAAUAAGAAAAAGGCAACUGCAGAAUAAUCUCUUCCAA